GAGCUUAUAAGUGUGGGAAACUGCAAAUUGAGCGCAGAGCACCAAAACAUCGAGACGGGAAGAUUUGCACCGAUUUGAAGAUAAAAUUUGUGUACUUCUUGUGGUUUCCUCACAAUGGCUAGCAACAGCAACGCCGCCGCCGUUAGCAACAACCGCCAAUUCGCGUUGCUGCCCAAAAUCGUGAAUGGUGGCAUUGCUGGAAUUAUUGGUGUAUCUUGUGUGUUCCCGCUUGAUCUCGUCAAAACUCGUCUUCAAAACCAGCAGAUAGGCGCUAAUGGGGAAAAAAUGUAUAAUUCAAUGCUGGACUGUUUCAAAAAGACAUACAGAGCAGAAGGUUACUUUGGAAUGUAUCGCGGAUCGGCCGUUAAUAUAUUAUUGAUUACGCCCGAGAAGGCGAUAAAACUAGCAGCCAAUGACUUUUUCCGUCACCAUCUCACCACUUCCAAUGGAUCUUUACCAAUCACCCGUCAGAUGCUAGCAGGUGGGCUGGCAGGAUUGUGUCAAAUCAUCAUUACGACACCAAUGGAAUUACUAAAAAUCCAAAUGCAAGAUGCAGGACGAGUUGCUGCACAGGCAAAGCAAUCAGGAAAAGUUGUACCGAAGGUUUCUGCAACCUCAAUAGCGUUGGAAUUGAUUCGGGCGAAAGGUAUUUCCGGGCUUUAUAAAGGAACUGGUGCAACUAUGUUGCGCGAUGUAUCGUUUUCCGUCGUAUACUUUCCACUGUUUGCCACUCUUAAUGCUCUUGGUCCUCGUCGUGAAGAUGGAAGUAACGAAGCGGUAUUCUGGUGUUCGUUUCUAAGUGGGUGCGCGGCAGGUUCUAUGGCCGCCUUGUUCGUAAACCCUUUCGAUGUUAUUAAAACUCGACUUCAAGCAUUGAAGAAGGCUGAGGGAGAAAUGCAGUUCAAUGGUGUUAUCGACUGUGUUGGGAAAACAAUGAAACACGAAGGUAUUAAAGCAUUCUUCAAGGGUGGACUAUGCCGUAUGAUUGUUAUAGCUCCUCUAUUUGGCAUAGCACAAAUGGUAUAUUUCCUAGGAGUCGCCGAAGCUCUACUUGGUAUGAAACCUAACAAAUCUUAAAUUAAAGCGUGCGUUUCUGUGAGUCACUCAUACUAUGGAGCAUCAGAAGAUAUGUGUUCCAUUUUUUAAAUUUUGUAUCAUUUUACAAAGGUCUCUCAAAAGAUCUAUUAUGUUUGACGUUGACAUAACUAAUACGUUUGGUUAAAACUCAAUGUAAGUUAGUUUAGACAGCAAUUUUCAUCAACUGAAUCGCGAUGAAUAUGUUAUCAUCGCAUUCAUAAAAAUACGACCAAGUUUAUGUAGCAAUCUAGACGAAAUAAUCUGAUUUAUUCCAUGCAUUUGAUUUCUGGCAAAGCAUUUUUGGCCACUUGGGUAUUCUUAUUUCCUGUUAAAUACGAAUAAUAAUCAAAGCAAUAUGCAAUUAUCACAGUGAUCAGGUAUUGUAAAAAGGUCUAUAGCUAUUGCUCCUAUUCUUUUCUGUUGUUAAAUUUUUUUAUUCCUUUUGAAGUUUUUUUAUAAACAAAUUUGGACGACAUGAUAUAUGCAUGACAGACCGUUGAACCACAGAAUGAUCUAGUCUGGAAAAAGCGGAAAACACGAUGAACAAUACACUGAAACAUUGUAUAAACCAUAAAUAACCGAAUCAAUUAGAUUGCUUUUCAAUCACAGUUCUGAUCUAAAAUUUGUUUCCGUGAAUACAAUCUGUAAACAACACGCAUGAAUUAUAUCGUCACUAACUGCUUCGAAAUAUGUGCAAUAUGGGCUCAACAAAUGUUGAGAGUAAUUUGAAAAAAAAGUUUUGUUGCGACAUCAAAGCUAAAAUAUAGAUAGUAAAAAUUCAGUGGACACUACAAAUAUUGUGUAAAAUUAAAAAAUAAUGUGUUUCGCUCGUGAAAUAUGUUUUAUAAGCUACGGGUGCUUUACGUUUUUCAAAGUUUAAAGACCAAAAGAAUGGAAAGCUUGUAGUUGGUUAGAAUCUAAUGCGAUCCCAUUUAAUGCGCGUGUAGCUAAUAGUAAACGCAGCUUAAGGCGACACGUUCAUUCUAAAGGAUUAAUCAGAGCAGCGCGUAGCGUGUCAAUUUCAUGAAAGACAAUAAUCUGUGUGUCAUUUAGGCGAGCUUGUUAAACAUAUGAUGUCCUAAUCAUCCGUCGAUUGAUGCAAAUGUGCAUUCUUUAUGAGAGACGUGAGAUGUAAAAUGAUUGGAGUAACUCUAAAUAUUAUUGUUUGGGAUUUCUCAAAGCAUGUGAGAUAUCACUUAACAAAGUGCAUAGUGAGUUAAUCUAUUGUCUUAUAUAAGUGUUUUAAUCAAAUUUAUGGAGUAAUACAUGCAUGUUAUUGUAUGAGCUCUAUGAUAUCAAUAAUAAAUGAGAAAUUUCAAACUAAA